GAAAAAUACAUUAAAGAGUAUUUAGAAAAAGAAGGAAUUCAACUGAAUCCCCAGAACAUUAAAAAAAACGCUGGCAAACGCCAAGUAUCAAAAUUAGCUCUAAACAGUUUUUGGGGGAGAUGGGGAAUGAACAUCAACAAAGUGCAGCUCACAUAUGUCCAUUCUCUGCCUCAGUUUAAUAAAAUUUUGGCUGACCCAACAAAAAAUAUAAAGGAUAUAUACCUACCUACCGCAGAAGUCGCUGCUCUCGUGUGGGACAACCAGAAAGAGUUCGUGCAACAAGAAACUACAACAAAUGUUUUCCUCGCUGCAUUCACGACUUCCUGGGCUCGGAUGAAAUUAUACACCGAGAUGGAUAAAUUGGGAAAAGCCGUCCUUUACCAUGAUACUGAUAGUAUUAUAUAUGCCUCAAAUGGAGUCAACGACCCACCAAUCGGAAAUUUUCUAGGCGAGUUUACUGAUGAGCUGAAUGGUGAUGAAAUCACAACAUUCAUUUCGGGAGGUCCUAAAAAUUACGCUUAUGUAACCAAACAAGGAAAGACUUGUUGCAAAGUGCGAGGGUUCACUCUGAACUUUAGGAACUCUCAAAAAUUGAAUUUUGAUUCAAUGCGGAAUUUGGUUUGCAGUAUGGACGAAAAUGAAUCCAUUAGUUUGGUGAAUCCUACGAAAAUCACCAGAGAUGGAAAACGUAGGAAAGUAUCUAACAAAAAGGAGGUAAAAUUAUACAAAAUUAUUUAUAACAAACGUGUUUUGAAAGAGGACCUAACUACAUUACCAUAUGGGUAUUGA